CGCCGGCACGCACGGAUGCAAAAAACCGCACACGCGCUGGUGCCGAUACUGUAUGCGGUAGGGUGGGCGCUGCGAACCUGGGUUUAAGGUCGUUUAUCUAACAAGGAGCAUUCUUCUGGGCGACAGCAAUACGGCAUAAAGAUGUCCUCAAACGCUGGCACAGGUGCUGGCUCCAGUGCAAAUGAGUCAAAUGGAAGUCAAAGCAGCCAACAGACAGAGACCAAGAAUGAUGAGAAACAUAACAAAACACUCACUCCUAAGGCAUCUAAGUCACUUAGCACAAGUGCCAAGCGGAUCCAGAAGGAGUUGGCGGAAAUCACGCUGGACCCGCCGCCAAACUGCAGUGCCGGUCCAAAGGGCGACAACCUGUACGAGUGGGUGUCGACCAUCCUCGGCCCGCCUGGCUCCGUCUACGAGGGCGGUGUCUUCUUCCUGGAUAUCCACUUCUCCUCGGAGUACCCCUUCAAGCCGCCCAAGGUGACUUUUAAGACAAGAAUCUACCACUGCAACAUCAACAGCCAGGGUGUGAUCUGCCUGGACAUCCUGAAGGACAACUGGUCACCAGCGCUGACCAUCUCCAAGGUGCUCCUCUCCAUCUGCUCCCUGCUGACCGACUGCAAUCCAGCCGACCCUCUGGUGGGCAGCAUCGCGACGCAGUAUCUACAGAACCGCGAGGAGCACGACCGCGUGGCGCGCCAGUGGACGCAGCGCUACGCCACGUGAUCCCACGGCGCCGUAGCCGUUGUCCGCGCCGGCCGCCGGCGGUGCUCGGGCC